AUGUCGGUGGUCUCGGACGCGGUGCACAAAGGGGCCUACAAUGAACGAACGGCCACCGUCCAAAUCAACGAACAACUUUCUGAGGGUCGAGGAUUGCCACAGGCUGGCCUACCCCAGGGCUCACCCCUGUCUCUGAUCCUAUUCCUCUUCCUCAACGCAGACCUCGUGCAAAGACAGAUCGACAGCCAGGGCGGAGCAGUCGCAUUCGUGGAUGAUUUUACCGCGUGGGUGACCGGCCCGACCGCGCAGAGUAACCGGGAAGGAAUUGAAGCAAUUAUCAAUGAAUCGCUUUACUGGGAAAAGAGAAGCGGUGCGACCUUUGAAGCUGAGAAAAUAGCUAUUUUACACAUUGCGCCCAAGAGGCGUAAAUCGGACCAUGAGCCGUUUAUCAUCAAAGGACAGACGGUUGUACCCAAAGACCACGUCAAGAUCCUGGGUUUGUUGAUGGAAACAAGACUCAAAUACAAGGAAUAUUGCAAGGGCCGUGUCUUAGGGUCUCGAAGCAGCAAUGGAGCUGCGGCGACUUCGGGGCCUGUCCCCAGCAACAGCGCGACAGCUUUUCACAUCGACGGUGGCGCCGGUCAUGGACUACGCCUCCUAUGUCUGGAUGCCCGCGUGUAA